UCAUUGAGGUUAUGUUGUGAAGAACGCAACAAAAAGUGGUCAGGGAAGUGAUAAGUAGUCAAAAGUCUUAGUGCUCACAAGAAAACGAAUAAACCUAAGAAUUAUCAAUUUACAGUCAGACUUCAACAUGCAAUCGAGUCUUCGUAAAGUGUUCAGGACAUUUGUAUGUCCUACCAGAGGUUUCAAGAGUUCACCGGCUAGUUGUCACGAUAGCUUAUUUGUGCAUCGAGAUUCAAAGGAGGACAAUUUAGAUGUCAACUUUGAAUUCACACCUGAAAAUAGAAAGAGAGCUGAUGCAAUUAUCUCAAUCUAUCCAGAAGGUCACCAAAGAGCAGCCGUAAUUCCGCUCUUGGACUUAGCUCAAAGACAAUAUGGUUGGCUUCCGAUUUCUGCCAUGCACCAUGUUGCUGAUCUUCUCAACAUGCCUAAAAUGAGAGUCUAUGAAGUAGCUACCUUUUAUACGAUGUUCAUAAGAAAACCAAUUGGAAAGUUCCAUGUUCAAGUUUGCACAACAACACCUUGUUGGCUUCGCGGCUCCGAUGAAAUUGUAGACUGCAUUAGAAAGAAGAUAGGUGCUGAUGUUGGUGGAACAAGCAAAGAUGGUCUUUUCACUUUGUCUGAAGUAGAAUGCCUUGGAGCUUGUGUCAAUGCCCCAAUGGUUCAGAUCAACGAUGAUUAUUAUGAAGAUUUGACUGUGCAAGACACGGAAGAAAUCCUUGAUGAUUUGAAGAAUGGCAAAAAACCGAGGGCAGGACCCAGAAGUGGAAGGUAUGCAGCAGAACCUGCUGGAGGUCUGACAUCAUUGACAGGAGAACCCACCGGUCCAGGUUUCAAAGUCCGCCCAGAUUUGUAACUUUGUUAUUAGAGUAGCUGAUAGUUUACUGUUAUUUCUUCUUAAGUUUUACUUGUUAUCAUAAAUUAUUGUAACAGCCAUGCCGUUUUCGCCUACUCCUCCUGGGUUUUAACAUUUCUGCGGACAUAAGAACUGUAACUAAAGCUUUGCAAUUUAUGGCAUAAUGCAAAAGAGUUUCAUAGUUUUUUCCAUGGUCUCUGGUCAGUGACAUCCUCCUUAGUUAUGUAUUUAUUUUUUAUUUUUUUCUUUUGCAAAAUGUACAAUCGAAAAAAUCAUCCGAUUUUUUUUUUUUUACAUAUUUAUUUGAAUUUCAAUUAAGUACAUAACGAUAAGUAACUUCAACAAAAGUUUUACAGUGACAUUGUUUGUCGCAGACUGUUAUCUCAAAUUGUUAGGCAGGAUAUGAUGUUAAAUUACAUUGAUAAUCAAAUCCGUAAAACAAUUAGAGUUACAAACUUUUAUCGAAUCACUGCUCCAGAAAAGAAGUUCCCAAUAAACCAAUACUGACAGAAAGAUCAA